AUGAAACAAGUCCUCAUAGCACCACUGCCAAUGUGUUACCAGGUGUUUUAUGAGCAGUGCAGCACAGUGGUGUUUUGUGCUCUUGUUCUGUUUCAGCCCAAACAGGAAGACAAACUCUCGGUUUGCAGUAAAUUAUGCUAUGCGAUUGGGGGUGCUCCAAAUCAAGUUGCAGGGAGUGCCACUGCUUUCUUCCUGCAGAUCUACCUGUUAGAUAUAGCACACAUUACUCCAUUUUAUGUCUCUCUGGUGCUGUUCAUUGGCAAGGUCGGGGGUGCAAUUACUGAUCCUGUGGCUGGCUUUUUUAUUAGCAAAAGUAAAAAGACAAAAAUUGGCCAACUCAUGCCUUGGAUGCUUGGGUGUACACCCUUCACAAUUGUGUCCUAUUUCUUCAUGUGGUACUUGCCUCCUUUUGUAGCAGGAAGAGUUAUUUGGUACCUGAUUUUCUAUAGCCUUUUCCAAGCAUUAAACACAUUAUUCGAAGUACCGUAUUGUGCCCUCACCAUGUUUCUCAGCUCAGACCAGAAGGAGAGAGAUUCUGCAACGGCAUACCGAAUGACUAUGGAAGUCCUUGGAACCCUGAUUGGAGCCACGCUCCAGGGGCAGAUUGUGGCAAGUGCUCAUGCCUCUGAUCGUUGUACUGUGAAUCGCACUGCAAACACAACCGAGUAUCCUCAAUCCCUACACAACACUUCCAGCGUUCCUGAGCCCUUGGGCUUCCUGGCUCACGGAGCAAAAGUCUAUAUGAUUGCAGCAGGAGUAAUAGGAGGGGUGUAUCUACUGGGGUCUGUCAUCCUUUUUAGUGGAGUAAAGGAAAAGGACGAUCCUUACGCCUUAAAUUCAGACAAAGCAAUUCCUUUCUUUAAGGGACUCAGACUCGCAAUGAAGCACGGGCCGUACAUAAAACUUACAUCUUCAUUUCUUCUCAUCUCGACAGCAGUUCAGCUUGAGCAGAGCAACUUUGUCCUGUUUUGUACCCACAUGACUGAGCUUCGCAACGACUUCCAGUAUUUAGUGGUGACCAUCUUGGUGUCAGCAGCGGUGAGCAUUCCGUUCUGGCAGUGGUUUCUGGAGCACUUUGGCAAGAAAAGUGCAGCAUGUGGGAUUUCGUGGAUGAUCCCAUUCGCAGUCAUGCUGGUUACAGUCCCAAACCUGAGCGUGGCAUAUGUGGUGGCCUUUGUCUCUGGUCUGAGUAUCGCAGCAUCUUUGUUGUUGCCGUGGUCCAUGUUGCCUGAUGUUGUUGAUCACUUCCGCCUGCUGAAUCAAUAUGUAAAGAGGCCUGAAGCCCUCUUCUAUUCUUCGUAUGUCUUCUUCACCAAGUUGUCAGCAGCGCUUGGAUUAGGAAUGUCUUCAGCAAGCCUUGAGUUGGCUGGAUACAAAGGAGGGGCCUGCAGACAAUCCAGCAGUGUGAUCCUUGCACUGAAAAUCCUGAUUGGGGUAGUGCCAGCCAUCCUCAUUCUUCUAGGUUUAUUCAUACUCCUUUUCUACCCAAUCACCGAAAAAAGUCAAAAGGAAACUGAGCAGGCACUUGAACAGUUAAGAAGGAACCAUCCCAGUUGUGACAACCUGUUUGAAAAUGAAGGCAAUACCCUGAUAUGAGAAUCCAGAAAGCAGCAGCUUUCAAAGAAGAACCUUCGAUUCCAGAUGACUGUACCAGUGUUCAGUUAUCCUGUAGAUAAUUAUCAGAAGAAUAAAUGCACUGGCCUUGAUUGACAAAACCAGGAAGAUUCUGAGUAGAGUUCAAUGAAUGCAACUUAAUGCCCCACCUGAAAGAGGUGUUAGCCAUGCUGAAUCAGUAUUAACCAAAUCCCCAGCACUGCUGAGGAUAACAUACAGCUGAAGUUGCUAUUGGGACAUAAGGCAAAGAUGCUGCGGUCAUGGAAGAUCUCAUGGAACUGCUGGCAAAAGCAAUAUCCCAAUGUGUUUAGCCGGUCACUUUAUUCUGACCUGCACUGUCUUUGUAGUCUCUGCUGAACACAGGAUUUUCUUUGCUACCUGUCCUACCCUAUUUGUCUUUGUUGCCCUUCACCAUAGUAGUGGCUGCAUCUUGAUAGUUGAUGGAUGUGAUCCCUGGGGGGCUUAUAUAGCAGUUUGUUUGCAAAAGCACUUUGGGAUCCUGGAGGAUGAAAUGUCCUAAAUAGAUGCCUGAAUUAGUUCUUUUUUAAAUGAAAAGCCCCAGGUGCAGUUUGGGACAGUCAUGUUAUGAGGAUUUUCCCAUGCACUGUCACUCCAAACUGGAGUGAUUUAAUUUUAAUUUGGGGAGCUACUGCCAAAAAUGUUUUCUAAAGUGACUAGUGAUUUGGGGUGCCUGAUUUUUUGGCUGUGCCACUUAACACACAGCUGUGGUCCUGACUGUGAGAGUGUCAGUGCUCAUCACUUUCUGACAGGCACCUUUAAGUCAUCUCACAUUGAGGUACUUAAGGUCAGUAGUCACUUUGGGAAUUGUAGACAGUAAUAUUUUGUAUUUAUUUGCCUUUAGUGGUGAAUGCGUGUAUGACUUGCAUGAGACAUUGCUUCUCCGUACAGAAAGCUGCCCUCCUCCUAUUGACGUGCUGCAGCAGUGUUAUUGUUUUCAGCACACAUGCUGCAUUUUACAGUAACGAUACUGUACCAGUCACACAAUUGGUGCCUUUUUGAAUCAGGGAAAUCAUAAUGUGUUAGAAGCAUUAAUGAAAGCCUCAUCAUACCUCUGCCUGGAGGAUGCAUUACUGGGCAUGUUUUACAAAGGGAGCCUGGCACACAGAGAUCAAGGGAUUGUGCACUCAGGGAAGGUAGCAUGCUGUUAGCUUAUUGUGCACUAGCUACUCCAAAUAAAAACGCCAUGCAGGCACUCAGCCCAUGCGAAAUGUGCCUUUGCACAGUGCAGGCUACUGCCAUUCGGAAGCACUUGAUCUAGAGCACACUGGAGUCUACAGGAGUUGGUUUAGGCCAUGAUUGCUUCCAGGUCACCCAGCAAGUGAACAGUGAUAAUGAGCCCAGGAUGGUCUAAAAUCAGUAGUGCUCGAUCUUCUAGCACUGUGGGCUGGGUGCGUGAGGCAGGGCUGAUUGUGGAACAUGCAGAGGGUGCUAGAUCAGCUACGUAGUUGGGCCUAUACAUUGUGCCGUACACACCAGGAUUCAUAAACUUGCUGGGGUAUUAAUCCUAGCUUGGCCCCUGCUUCUAGCAAAAAUUAAAAGAAAAAUCAUCAAGUUUAGUGAUCUUGACCUCGUGCAUGGCAGCAUUCAUGGGCCCAAAUAAAAUAGAAGAGUUAUAGAUAAAAGAUAUAACUGGGUAUUUUUGAAAUUUUAAAAUAUAGAGUUGUUCUAUUUUAUUUGAUUAUCAGAGUUAUAUUUUUUUUGAUGAUAUGAAUGUAUUUUUCUAAAUGAGAAGCUUAAAGAAUGAAUUUGGAAAAGAAAGUAGGGUUGGUAUUUUCUGUGAUUUUUUUUUUCCCUCAAGGAUCAAUGUUGGUACUGUGAAAAAAAUGAAUGUGUAUAUUCCUUCUUUCAACACUGUUUAAACAAUCACACUCAUUGUAUCUGGGAUUGAAACAAUCAGAUCUCUGUAUUGUCAUCUGUCUGCAUUAAAUGUUUACACAAAGUA